AUGCCAACCGAAGCAACUGACACAGAUGCCGGCCCACCGCCCGGACGCCCGCCGGCGAACACGGCGGCAGCGACUCUGAGCGCACCACAGUUGCAUGCGCUCUUUGACAUCCUCACACGCUAUGAGACAUACUAUGAGGUCCAAGACUUUCGCGAUCCUGACACGAUCUUUGCCUAUGGCACACCGUUUGUGGAACGAAAGCCGCCGGCAUCAACGGGCAACGGUAACAGGGACCAGCAGGAGGGCAAAGAUGAAAACGAUGCGACCGGCAGCACGCCGACCAAUGUGGUGUAUGCCCGGCAGUCCCGCUCGCCCAUCCUGCACAUGCUCUUUAACAAGACGGUCAUGACGUUGCCGCCCGCACAGACACUGCCGCCAGCUUUCUGGCAUGUGCGCGUGCAGGGCAUCAUGGCACAGCUGGCCGAGGCCGAGCUGUCGGAAAGCUACGACCAGGGCGCCAUGGGCACGCGCAAGAUGCUGGCGACGGCCGCAUCGGCGCUGGUCGAGUCGCUGGGCCGAGGGGCCUUGGGCGGGUAUCCAGCACACCCCACUUCCAAGCAAGACAAGACGCUCACGGAACGAACGUACGACACAACGAACACCGCCGACUUUGCGCGUGCGUGGGACGACGUCCUGCGCGCCGCGGUCUAUGACAACCUUGUGGACGAGCUGUUUGCGUACGCUGCCACGCACCCAGACAUGGAGGGCCACUCGCCGGCCGUCGCCGCCGCCGCGGACUACAUCAUUGUGCACAUCGCCGAGUUCCUCCACUACGUGUUUGUGCUGUCACCCAACGGACGCUACCUCACGAAGCUCGUCGACAGCGUGCAGCUACUGGUCCCGUACUCGCUCGUGCGCCAGACGCUGCGCGUGAGCAACGCGGCGACCAUGAUCAACGGUAUGAUGAAGCUGCUGCUCGCCAAGCUGAGCGUGGGUGGCCUUACCAACUGGAUUGGCUUGACGUCGACGGCCGACGACGGUAUGAAUCUGCUGCAGCGGAUCGUGUCGCUUGUGCUGUCGUACGACGCGUCCAAUUUCAAAAAGGCGGCCGACAAGAUCGAGAAGGAAAAGACGGCGUCCAAGGCACAGCUGGCCGCCAUCCGCGAGCACUUGGCACGGCCGCGGGCCUACCACGAGGCGGUGCGAAACGAGAGCCUGACAAAGGCCUCCUCCGCCAACGACGGGUACCACGCCUCCAUGGUGGUCGCCAUCCUCGAGUCGGUCGAUCCCAGCCUGACGUCCUCGCUCACCGAGUCCCAGCACGCACAACUCGCACAGUACUACGCCGCGCUGCUCUCGGUAUACGACCGUCGCGAGCUCACCAACGUCUUCUGCCGGCAAAGCCCCGACUUGUUCACGCAGGCCGUGCGCGACGGCGUGGCUGCGUUCGACCCCAUCAUCCGCGGCAUCCACGACAAGAUUGACCUCAAGGAGCACGUCAGCGACAUUGAGGGCUUCAUCAACGAAUUCAUCGAGAUCAGCAAGGGCACCAAGCCGGCGUCCAAAACGUCGAAAAACGAAGACCGGAUCCUCCCCACCAUUAAAGACUACGUGAAGCUGCUGCGGCGGAAUCGGCAUCUGCUGUACAAGUGGUUGCAUCGCGUCGCACACGACACGCCCGACAUCCGGGAAACGUUCCGCAGAUGGGCCAUUGAAACCAUCAAGAUGUUCCGGGGUCCAGGUGCGCCAAAAUCGGCGAACCGGGACGAAACGCCAACAGCAUCUACAGAAAGGAAAAGCGACCUGGGUGAUUCACGGCUGGAGGGCAGUGCUGGUGCCAUGGACCCCGACCUGCGUGCCCUCUUUGCGUCCCUACCAGCCGAUGUCCAGACCAACGUCGUUUCCGUGCUGGAUGAACAGGUUGCCUACCUUGCCGCGCUUGAUGAGGCUGCCGCACAACAGCGACAAAUCCUGCUCGACAAAAUCAAUGCGCCAUCCAGCUCGGCCGAAGACGAGAGUGCCUCCUCCUCGUCCCCCUCCUCAAAACAAGCCCCAGGCUCGGGUCGCUUUAUUGCCCGCUGGCAGGAGCUGCUGGACGAUACCGUCAUCGGCCCCGGCACCGCCUAUGGCCCUCUGCGGCACGGCAAGGACGUCGCCCACAUCACGGCACCAGGCAAGACGGGUGCAAGUCCCUCUGGUGCCGGCAACAGCGGCGGCCCCAACGGACUCAUUGGUGGCGGCAGCAACGCAUCGUCCUCCAAGAGCAAUCUUCGCAAGUUCGACGGCGGCUUCCUAAGUGGCAUCUCGAGUGCCCUCAGCAGCCACAAUACGUCACCGGAGCGGACGCCCACGCCCAUACCAGCAUCGGCGGCAACGCCCGGCCGCAUCGAUGUCGGUCCCCGGCCGCCCAACGUACUGCCUGUAGUGGACGCUCUCGGAACACAGUUCCGGCAGUUGUUGGUGGAACGGACGUCGAGGGCCAACGGAGCCGGUGAAGGACAGUAA